AUGCUCCGACCCCGCAACGCGCUUUUCCAGCACCGGGCGUGGGUGCCUUCACUCGGUGGCGCGACGGCUACUUCCUGUGCUGACGCUGCCGACACCUUCAACGUCUUGUCGUACAACCUCCUCUUCCGCCACUACGUCCAUCCCUCGACCUUCGGCUAUGUCAAGAAGCAGCAUCUCGACUGGCGCUACCGGUUUGGCUUGAUCAACCAGAUCAUUCUUGGGGCUGAUGCCGAUAUUAUGUGUUUCCAGGAAAUGGAAUGCUCGGUCUACCAAAACUACUGGAAGGACCAGUUUUUAAAGAGAAACUACGACUCCAUCUAUCUAAUGAAGCACUUCUUGAACAACAAUUCCAACAUCGAUAUAACCAAAAACGAAAUGGAUGGGCUAUCCAUUUUCAUAAACUCAGACAAGUUCAAAGUGCUCAAUGUUUUGCCAUUAAACUUCCAAAAUUUCUUCAACAAAAGCGACCAAUUCAUUCCAUUUCUCAAAAACAAAUCAAACCACUCUCUAUUCAACCACAGAGUAACCAACAGAAAUCAAAUUGCCAUCGUUUUGCUCCUAAAAAACAUCAAAACAAACCAUCUACUAAUAGUUCUAAACACUCAUCUUUACUGGAACCCCAAAUUCAACGACACAAAACUAUUCCAAUUGCUAUCCUUGGUAUCAAUUCUUAAAGACUACUCGUCCUUUCUAUUGAACAAAACAUCUCUCAACUUAUCCCAAAUAAACAACAACAACAAACAAGGCUUCAAUCUCAAUUACAACUUCAACGACUACAACCCCUUCAACAACCUCUCUUCUGAUCCAUAUGCCCAUAUUCUCCAGAACCCCUUCAACUUUUCCUCAGCUUACAACGAAUUGUACUUUUCACACUCCUUUCCCUACACAAGCUUCACCAACAAGCUCAAGGGCGUCUUCGACUACAUCUUCUACUCCUCCAACGACCUCCAUGCUUCCAACAACUGCUUUCACUUGAAGCUAUCCCAUCUUCUCGGCCCUAUCUCUCCCAAUUACUGCUUUCAAAACAACGCCAUUCCCAACAAACACUUUCCCAGCGACCACCUUCCUUUGCUCUGCCAGUUCCACCUAGGCGACUUCCACAAACGAUCCUCUCUCUUCAACACACAUCCCUAG